CGGAAGUGGGAUUUAGUCAGGUGACCCCUUUCCAUCACGUGAUCUUACCGUCCAGAGCGCUGUCACAGUUGUCAUUGAGCUGUUUUUCCUUUACAUCGCCUAUUAAUACAAGUCUUGCAAAGCUUUAACCCUUCCAUAAUGGCAGGACGCGGUAAAUUAAUCGCGGUUAUCGGCGACGAGGACACUUGCACUGGGUUCCUCCUGGGAGGCAUCGGCGAGCUGAACAAGAACCGUAAACCCAAUUUCCUAGUGGUGGAAAAGGAUACGAGUAUCACGGAGAUUGAAGAGACCUUCAAGAGCUUCUUGGUCCGUAAUGACAUCGGGAUCAUUCUGAUCAACCAGUUUAUCGCCGAGAUGAUCCGCCAUGCGAUCGACGGCCACAUGGAGUCCAUCCCUGCCGUCCUAGAGAUCCCGUCGAAGGAGCACCCCUACGACGCGUCCAAGGAUUCUAUUUUACGCAGGGCCAAAGGGAUGUUUUCUGCAGAAGACUUCCGAUAAAUUGUUUUCUACAUCCUCCAGUUUAAACACACAGCACACACACAAACACGCACAGCACAACACACACACGCACACACUACACACAACACAACAAACACACACACUCUCUCUGCAGCCUGGAAUAGGGACGGCAGGGUUCAAUAUUAAAAUAGAUGUCUAUAAAUUAUACGUACUUUGUCACCGCCCAUCAUUCCCGAUUGACGUGUUAUUCUUUAAUUGCCGUUAAAUGUCCAACAUUAAAUGGCCCUACGCUUAAGUAUGUAUGUCCCACGCAGUGUUUUGCGUUCUUUCGUUUCUGUUUUAUUUGGAUUAUUUUAGUCCUUAUAUGGUUAUAACCAGGAAAUGAGGAAUGUGUCUCAAAGAUCUGCAGCGCAUGCGUCUGACUCAUGACCGCCCAAAAUGGUUGUGUAUGUUUGUGAAUCAAAAGCACGUCUUUGACCCUUGAUGUUUACAGAUUUAUGUAUUUUCCCCCUGUUUUGGAGUUAUUCCUCUUGUUUCUUAAGCUUUAAGUGGAAGUCUAAAUCUACUGUAUGCAUUGAUCUUUUCUUUGUUGACAACCUUACAGUGGGAGUCUGUGGAAAUGGAUAAGAAAUUGUUACAGCUGUAUUAACUUAUAUCUGGAAAAAAUACAACACAAAAAAUAAAUUAUUUGAUGUUUGAGUGAACAACAGAAGGCUGGUUAAUCACCAACACUGGUUUCAAGCGAUGUAGUUAUCAGAAUACAAGCCUAACCAACAAAUGGUAGUAUGUUGUCUUUGGAAGGGCAGCAAAAUAUGAAUAUCCCAUAAUGAAACCACUGAGAAUGUAGCACAUGGUUGCAACUAACUUUUCAUCACUUGGAAGUGAUAAGACACUAUGGAAACACGUCACUGUUCGCCAUGGUUUUUGUAUUUUGAUAUAGGCCUAGAAUGAUGUAUAUAUUUUUUCAUUCGUCAGCAAAAAACAACAACUGACCCUGACAUUGAACCCGCUACCUGAAGCUCAGUAAAUAUUUGAACAGCGUCAGUGUUCUAUUGGUUAUUUUCGACGGAACGAUCAUUACUUUCUCUCGGUUGUCGAACCGAACUUGUCGUUUAUCCUCAGCUUUUCCAAUAUAUAAUACCAUUACGAGGUCAAAUAUUUUGCCAACACAAAGAUUGUGCGGAGGACGUUUUAAAGAGAGACCAAGCGACUAUAAAUAGGCUGCUUGCUUUUCUAGGUGCAAGAACAGUUCUGCAUGUUCUCUCGUUCACUGCUUGUGAAACCUUCCAGCAGCAUGACCCCUUCAUGGUCUGUCGUUGUGAUGUGGCUGCUGGUUUGCUUUGUCUCUGGAGGUCCUCUGACUUCCUUAGACGUCAACAACGGAACGUCAUUCGACCCACAUGAUGGCAAUAGCACCGAAAGGAAUGGCAACUACACCAAGUCGCCUAAAGACCCCGCACCAACGUCAUUCGACCCAGAUGAUGGCAAUAUCACCGAAAGGGUUUUUCUGAGUACACCAGGCAUGCGUUGGCCAACACACGGUGUUCAUUCAAUACCGCCGUCAGGGGACGAGAUUGCAGGAUAUGCGACGAUGGAUCCUCAUGGGAAUGGCAAAAAAUAAUGAUAUUAUUAUGAUAUUAUCUAAUUAUUUAAUAUCAUACUAUUAUAGGCCUAUAGCCUGAUAAGAACAUCAUGAUACAGUUCACUCGUCACAAAACACGAUGCUCAAUGAGUGGGAAAUUAGUAAAAGUCUUUACUUGAGAAACGUUACAUUUUUUAAUUAUCACCCAUGUUAAAUACAUUGCAUCAUCGAUCGAUAUGGGUAAUUAGUGUCUGUCAUUUCUGAUGCAAAAGCACAUCAAUGAUUUAGUCCGUUACACGCAGGACCAAAUUUGGACGAGUGACGCCUUGUUGCUGGUGUCUCCUUCUGCGCUCAGAGAAAAAACAACUCAUUGAUUGGUGUUGAUACAUUACUUUAUUCAUUCUGAAGAUUGAUACUUGUAUAGUGAAUCAUAUUUCUAAUAAACACAAGAGGACAUAAUGGCAAAAUCUACAGUUUUCUUUCCAUGUUGAUAUGUCAAACACCGUAAUGAUAUAAGGACUGGACACAACCUUACGUUGUCAACAAGACACUCCGCUGAUAAGAGACUAAAGCAGAAUCAAUGAAAUAACAUUAGGCUACGAUUAAUUUGGGGUAACCACUUAUA